UUGAGCGCCAGUUUCAGGAACCGCUCUGGCAAAGGAGCAACCGGCUCAGUGCGAGUCUCCGGGAAGCUGCCUUGCACCGGCCACAAGCUCCGGGGGGGAAAAUGACCUUCGCCUUAUUCUACCUAAUCGGAUUGCUUGUCUGCGGCGGGGAAGCUGUGCUUCAAGUGACUAUUUCUCUGGGCAAAGUGGAACUCAGUGUGGGUGAGUCCAAGUUUUUCACCUGUACAGUAAUUGGCGAGCCUGUCAGUAUAGAAUGGUACAGGCCUGAUGGACAAAAAAUCAUCUCCAGUGAAAGGGUUGUGGUACAGACAGAGGGGAUAAGAUCAAGGCUCACUAUCUACAAUGCCAAUGAGGAGGAUGCUGGGAUCUACCAGUGUCAGGUGACAGAUGUCAAUGGAAAGUCUCAGGAAGCUACAAUCCUGGUGGAAAUUUACAAAAAGCUGACCUUUCAUGAAAUCAAGUCUCCCCAGGAGUUCAGAGAAGGAGAGGAUGCUGUGGUGAUAUGUGAAGUAAACAGCUCUCCCGCACCCAUAGUAACCUGGCUGCACAAUAAUAGAGAUAUCAGCACUGAGCCAAGUGACAAGUUUAUAAUGAUCGAUAACAACAGCUUGAAGAUCCGUCGCAUUAGCAAGAAGAACGAAGGCAUUUACCGGUGCGAGGGGAGAGUGGAGGCCCGGGGAGAAAUUGAUUUUCGAGACAUCGCUGUUAUUGUGAAUGUUCCUCCCAUAAUUCAUGUGCCCAAGAGCUCAGCAAAAGCUAUAGCAGAUCGCCAGGAGUCUGUGACAUUGACGUGUACUGCGACUGGCUCUCCAGAGCCCAACAUCACCUGGUACAGAGACGGGAUACUCAUUGAAGACAAUGAUAAGUAUGGGUUGAAGAGAAGCACGGAGCUGACGAUAAGAAACAUUGCCCGGGAAGACACUGGGGCUUACAUCUGCAGGGCAACAAAUAAAGCAGGAACUGUGGAAGAACAGUUGUCAGUAAAAGUCUUCGUUCCACCACACAUAACACUGCUGAAGAAUGGGACUGCAACUGAGAAUGGCCAUGUAGUCAUCACCUGUGAUGCAGAUGGAGAUCCUACACCAACCAUCUUUUGGAGUAGGUUUGACAACGGAAGCAGUGUUCUGGAGGAAGAGAAGAUUCUAGGUGGGAGGUUUGAAGUGCGCAGGCAGAAGGGGACAUCCUCGUUGCACAUUAAGAAUAUCAAGCCAAGUGACUCAGGAGCAUAUGAUUGUGAAGCUGUGAGUCCAAUUGGAGGAGACAAGAAGACCAUGCAUUUGGAUAUUCAGUACGCUCCCAAGUUUCUGUCAACUCAAGUGACCUAUUACUCAUGGGAAGGGAAUUCAGUCAACAUCAGCUGUGAUGUCACAGCCAACCCUCAGGCUUCCAUCCACUGGAAGAAAGAAGGUGUUGUCCUCUCUGAUAUCAAUAAAUCUGACGUCAGUAUUUACAAGAAAGGCACCAAGAUCCUUCUGGAGAUUACUCCAGCUGUGGACAGCGACUUUGGCAGCUACAACUGCACGGCCAGUAACCGAAUAGGAACCAGGUCUCAGGAGUUUACCCUCGUUCAAGCUGCUGUUCCCUCCCGUCCAUAUGGGUUGAGAGUCCUGGCUGUAUCACAGACAAUUGCAAGAAUCUCCUUCACCAAGCCUGAUUCUCACGGCGGUGUCCCAAUUCAUCACUACCAAGUGGAAGUCAACGAAGCAGAUUCAGGAGAUUGGAAAACAGUGAAUUCCAAUGGGAGUCAAACAUUCUUUGAUGUAAUUUCAAGAAUGCUAAACGACUGUUAG